CGCUGUAUUUAUUCACUCCGUGUGUCUCUUAGUAUAAUUAUAAAACAAUUCGUUCAAGUGUAGUAUUCAUUUCAAAAUCAUCCAACGUUCAGUUAAAUUAUAUUUCUCAUAAAACAGUGACAGUAUUACUUCAAUUUUUUACUUACAACUUAUUUAUUGUACCUGUUAUUAAUAAUUUAUUGUUAGUUGUGUUUUAAUAAUAGAAGAAAAAUGUCUGAGGUGAUUGUUGAAUCUCUAGGAGAGAAAGUGGCCAUGUUCAACCAACAUGCCAGUAAUCACCAAAGUAGUCAAUCUAAGAAUCCCUUUACUUCAGGUUUAAAUCUUGCAAAACCUACAUUCUCAAAAGAGGAAUAUGGCAGACCAGUUGCUGGAUCUCUUUCGGACAUAAGAGGCCGCAAAGCUUCAGCUCAUAUUUAUAAGGAAAUUUUGGAAUUGUGUGAAAUUAUCAAUCACGAUGGUACACCUUGUCGGGACCAUCCAGAUGUCAUAGCAAUAACUUUUGGCGAUCUCUUCAAUAUUUAUACAUACGUAAAUGACAAAGUCGUUGGACUCCUACUCAGGGCCAGAAAACAAAAACUCGUCGAAUUCGAAGGAGAAUGUUUGUUCCAGAGAAGAGAUGACAAUGUGCCAAUUUUUCUAACCAAACCCAUCAAGGAAAUCCGGGAAAUUUUCAGGCAAAGGUUGGAGGAAAUGGCAAAAGACGUGCCCAAAAGUUAAUAAAGAUUUCAAUUGUAAAAACUAAACUUUUUUUUGACAAAGCAUUCGCUUAAAGGAAUGUAUUAUGAGCUGACGAUGUCAUGGGACAAAAAAAUGUCGGAAAACUUUUUUAUAACGAAAAAAAAGAAGAUGACUGAAUUUUGAAAGGAAUGAAAGUAUUAGUUGUAAAUGUUGUGUAAAUAUUUAAUGAAAGUGUAAAAAUCGAUUGAUAUGUGAUAUAGAAUUUUAGCAAUAAGAAGUUGGUUUUAUAAAAGAGUAUCUUAAAUUAUAAAUUUUUAAGAUUACGGAUAUUAAUAAAGACAAAAAAUUAUCGCACAAUUUAUGUAUUGCUUUAAUAUUUACAAUGCGGCAUAUUUCUUGCACAGCAGCAGGUGUUAAUUAAUUCAUCAUCAAAACUUAAAAAGUAAUAUUUCACAGUGUUUGCAUUCGAUGAUAAAAAUAAGAAAUUAACAAUUUUUCUUUCGAUAAAAAAGAAGUUGAAUUGCAUUUUAGAAAAAUGCAAAAAAUGCAAACUUCAUUUGUUACAAAUGUAUAGGUAUAAUUUCUAUGUAGUAACUAGAUGAUAAUUACGGAAUUUUACAAUGGCAGUAUUAUUCAACUUUUUCUUUGGAUGAAAAUAGAAAGGAAAACAUUUCUGCUUUAUUGAUACUCAAAACAAUUUUUUUUAUCAUUCAAUUUGUAAUUUUACUUGAAACAAAAAUGUUUUGCCUUCUAUUUACAAUUUAAUAAUUAUAUAAUUAGGAUCACGAGACAUUUUAGAGAAUCGAUUUGAGGCAAUCAUUUUCAAAGACAUUUUUCGCUUAUCGUUUUUUUUUCGAUUUAAUAUAACGUUUUAUUCAGCUUUCUCCAUUGAGUAUCUUAUAGGUAACUCGAAGUCUUUGAAGGUAAAGAAUUGGUCUUUUAGAUAUAAAUGAUAUGCAUUGUUACAAGAAGAGAUAUGGUUCAAAAGAUCACCAAAAUGGAUAAAAAUUUUAAUUUAUUGGCAGGAUAUGUAUUAUUGCUUGAGAAAAAAUUAUGGCAUCGAAAGGUCAAUUUGUCGUUCGACCUGACUUUUAAUACAAACACCGUAAAUUUCGAUUUUCCUAAAUUUUUUAUACAAAGCUAUUUCCUACUCAUUCAAAAACA